GCCGCUCCCGGCGGGGGGGGCCGGGCCGGGCCGGGCCGGGCGGGGCCGCGCAGGUGGAGCGGCCCCAUGGAGCGGCCGAAGAUGGCGGAGCUGGAGAGCCUGGAGACGGCGGCGGAGCACGAGCGGAUCCUGCGCGAGAUCGAGAGCACGGACACGGCCUGCAUCGGCCCCACGCUCAGGUCCGUGUACGAUGGCGAGGAGCACGGGCGCUUCAUGGAGAAGUUGGAGGCGCGGAUCCGCAACCACGACCGGGAGAUCGAGAAGAUGUGCAACUUCCACUACCAGGGCUUCGUGGAUUCCAUCACCGAGCUGCUCAAGGUCCGGGGGGAAGCCCAGAAACUCAAGAACCAAGUGACGGACACCAACCGGAAGCUGCAGAACGAAGGGAAAGAACUGAUCCUUGCCAUGGAGGAGCUGAAGCAGUGCCGGCUGCAGCAGAGGAACAUCUCGGCCACGGUCGAUAAACUCACGCUGUGUCUUCCCGUGCUGGAGAUGUACAGCAAGCUGCGGGAGCAGAUGAAAUCCAAGAGGCACUACCCAGCGCUGAAGACCCUGGAGCACCUGGAGCACACGUUCCUGCCCCAGGUGAGCCACUACCGCUUCUGCAAGGUCAUGGUGGACAACAUCCCGCGGCUGCGCGAGGAGAUCAAGGAGCUCUCCAUGUCCGACCUCAAGGACUUCCUGGAGAGCAUCCGCAAGCACUCGGACAAGAUCGGCGAGACGGCCAUGAAGCAGGAUUGCAGAUACAAUCACUGGAAAAUAAUUGCCAGGAUAUUCUUCAGUCUCCUGCUCUCUCCAGAUGUUCAGGCACAGCAGCAGAGGAACCUGGACAACAUCGUGUCCCAGCAGCCCAGGAUUAGCGGGGGGAAGAAAUCCAAGAAGGAAUUCAGCGCCAGCUCCGAGCUGGAGGUGAAGAACACCAGCCCCAUGUCAGAGCAGGACUCGGGGAUCCUGGAUGUGGAGGAUGAGGACGAGGAGGAAGAGGUGCCUGGAGCCCAGGAUUUGGUGGAUUUCUCCCCGGUCUAUCGAUGCCUCCACAUCUACUCAGUCCUGGGUGCCCGGGAGACCUUUGAGAGCUACUACAGGAAGCAGAGGAGAAAACAAGCCCGGCUGGUGCUGCAGCCGCCCUCCAACAUGCACGAAACUUUAGACGGCUACAGGAAGUAUUUCAAUCAAAUUGUAGGGUUUUUUGUGGUGGAGGAUCACAUCCUGCACACGACCCAGGGCCUGGUCAACCGGGCCUAUAUUGAUGAGCUGUGGGAGAUGGCCCUGUCCAAAACCAUCGCGGCCCUGAGGACUCACUCCUCCUACUGCUCCGACCCCAGCCUGGUGUUGGACCUGAAGAACCUCAUUGUGCUCUUCGCCGACACGCUGCAGGGCUACGGCUUCCCAGUGAACCAGCUGUUUGACAUGCUGCUGGAGAUCCAGGACCAGUACAGCGAGACCCUGCUGAAGAAAUGGGCAGGAGUGUUCAGGAAUAUCCUGGACUCGGAUAACUACAGCCCCAUCCCGGUGUCAAAUGAAGAAGUUUAUAAGAAAAUCGUUGGACAGUUCCCAUUCCAGGAUGCUGAACUUGAAAAGCAACCCUUCCCGAAGAAGUUCCCCUUCUCGGAGUUCGUGCCCAAGGUUUACAGCCAGAUCAAGGAGUUCAUCUACGCCUGCCUGAAGUUCUCCGAGGACCUGCACCUCAGCUCCACGGAGGUCGAUGACAUGAUCAGAAAAUCCACAAAUCUGCUGCUGACCCGGACCCUGAGCAACUGUUUACAGAACGUCAUCAAGAGGAAAAACGUUGGACUCACAGAGCUGGUGCAGAUCAUCAUCAACACCACCCAUCUGGAGAAGUCCUGCAAGUUCCUGGAGGAGUUCAUCACCAACAUCACCAACGUCCUUCCCGAGACCGUCCACACGACCAAGCUCUACGGGACCACCACCUUCAAGGAUGCCCGGCAUGCCGCCGAGGAGGAGAUCUACACCAACCUCAACCAGAAGAUCGAUCAGUUCCUGCAGCUGGCAGACUACGACUGGAUGGCUCUGGAGCCGGGCAGCAGGGCCAGUGACUACCUGGUGGAUCUCAUCGGCUUCCUGCGCAGCACCUUCGCCGUCUUCACCCACCUCCCGGGGGAGGUAGAUGUCCACUCUACCAUGUCGGGGAAGGUGGCCCAGACCGCCUGCAUGUCGGCCUGCAAACACCUCUCGACGUCGCUGCUGCAGCUGCUGCUGGAGGCCGAGGUGAGGCAGCUCACGCUGGGGGCCCUGCACCAGUUCAACCUGGACGUGGAGGAGUGCGAACAGUUUGCCAGAUCCGGCCCAGUGCCUGGGUUCCAAGGGGACACGCUGCAGUUGGCCUUCAUCGACUUGAGACAACUCUUGGAUCUGUUCAUCCAGUGGGAUUGGUCGACGUAUUUGGCCGACUAUGGACAACCCACGUGCAAGUACCUUCGUGUGAACCCCACCACAGCCCUCAUCCUGCUGGAAAAGAUAUCCCGGGUGAUGCGGGACACCAGCAGGAAAAACAACGUUUUCGCCCAAUUCCGGAAAAACGAGCGGGACAAGCAGAAGUUGAUCGACACCGUGGCCAAGCAGCUGCGCGGCCUCAUCAACAGCCACCACUCCUGAGGGACUCGGGAUCCCCUUCCCGCAGCCUGGCCCUCGGGAAUCUCGCUCCGAGAGCAGAUUUGUAUUUUUUUAUUCACCCGGAAAGUCUCGGCGGAGCCUCCCCCCGACGGCAAAACGCUCCCGGUGGAACGGUCCCAGGAAAAGAGGUGGUGGCAGGAGUCUCCUGGAUCAACUCCUAUUUUCAGGGGUUUAGAGAGUGAUGGGAAUUCUUGGAGCCUGGGAGAGAAGUCCACACCCAGACUGGGGUUGUUUUUUUUUUUUUGUCGAAGCCAAAUUGAAGGGAUCGUCCUGCCUUCCUUCUGUUAAUUUAUUCCUUUGGAAAACACAAGAAUCUGGGAAGAGCCAUGGGUUUGGGUUCUUCUCCUGGGCAGGGGGAAGGGGGUCACCCUGAGUGUGUCCUGUGGUUUGGAUUUAGGUAGGAAAAAGGGAUUUCCCAGGGUUUUUUCUCCUCUUUUCCCGCUCCGUGGGCUGAUUUCCGUGUUAGGCUGCAAAUCCCUGGAAUCGUGACCCUUUCCUGUGUGUCCGUAACCACCCCUGAGCUCCACUCCGGGACCUGCCAGGGGGUUGGGAUCAUGGAGAAGGGUUUGGAGCUGCCUCCUUGAUCAGAUUUGGGAAGGGAGAGCCAAAAGGAUAAACUGGGAAUGUGUCCUGUGGCACCGCUCCGGGGCUGGGAUGCUGCUGGACACAUCCAUGGAUGGAGGAGCGGGAAUGGGGGGAGGGCACACUGAGGUCUCCUGGUGUCCAGGAGGGGAUUUUUUUCCUCUCUUUUCCAUGCUGGUGUCCCAUUUUCCCUCUCCUCCUGAUGGUUCCGUGGGGAAAUCUUCUCUCGGUCGCCCUGGUUGGAGCUGGGCCGGUGGGAAUCUCCUGGAGGCAGUGGGAGAUUCCCCAGGGAGCAGCGCUGCUCCAAAGUGCCUGUGGACAAAAUUCCCACUGUCCCAAAGAUGCCCAGAGAUCCUCUGCUCAAACCAGGCAGUUUUGGGGAGGAGGGAAACGCCACCACCGGGAUUUAAUCCCAGGAUUCAGGUUCCAGAGGGGGAUUUUCGCCCUCCUCAUCUCGUUAACCCGUCUGGCUCUAAUUCCCGGCAUUAUCCAGCCGCAUUCCCAAACGCUUGAGGGGAAUUCUGAUCUCCCCGGUGGUUGUCGCAGCCCUGGAAGUGCUGCUCCUGUGCCCAUUCCCGACCCUCUGGAUGCACCGAGGGAAUGAGGUUUGCCCUUCCCUCCUUGUUCCUUGGUUUCCAUUUGGAGAAGGUUCGUGUGGCUCCAUCCCAAAAUUAAACAGGAACGCGGUCGGGAAUGACCCCCUGGAGCCCUUGGCCCGUGCCGGCCAUCUCCAGCUGCAGGGACCAAGGGAUUCUUUUCAUUAAUAAGAGGGAAAAUGUAAAAUUCCUUUGGUUUUGGAGGGGGACGGGAGGUGAAUCCCUUGUGAGCUCCUCUUUGAGGGAUAUGGAAGAGGAAUGAAGGGAACAGCAGCAGGUGAAGGAAGGUUGGAGUCAGUGUGGCCAGAAAGGGAUCGGCUUUGGAGACACCUCUGGACAUGACCCAGAGGGACAAGGGAUGGGAAUUCCGGGAGUGGGAUGAAGGGAGAAGGAGGAGAAACCCCGGGACACAGGGAAGGGAUUUUGUGCUGCCAUCCUGAAAUUCCACUUUUCACUCCAUGAGGUAUUCCCAAUAAAAUCCUCCACAGAGCCGAGGCAAGGCCUCAUUUCAGGUGCUCCAGGCAGCUCCCACCCUUCCCAAAUCCACGCUGGGCUCCCCUUCCCGUCUCCCUGAGCUGUAAUCCCAAGAGCAGCGACCUGGGAAGGGUUUCCUCGCUCCUUCAGGCUCUUCUUGGAGAGGCCAGGAUCGGGAUCCCCCAAACCGGCUCCUGGCGCUCGGGAUUUGCUGCUGGGAAAGUCAAAUCCAGCCAAGGGAGAGCUUCAGGGAGUUCCUGAUCUCGGGAGGUCAAGAGCCGGAACCGCAAGUCAGAGCCCGGGAUGAAAAAUGGGAUUUUGGGACUCUGGUCCCAAUUAACUUUUUGUUCGGAGAGAUGCGGCUCCAUCCCUUCCAAAUAAAACGAAUCUUUUAAACAGAUUGCCCAAAAAGCCCCUGGAAGACAUCCCAAACCCCCUCCCAGUCUCUUCCUAAUGAUGGGUGUCCUCCGACACGGAUGGAAGUGCUUAGGAGGGAAAAGUCGCCGCUGGGAAUUUAAAGGGGGGGGGGGAUGUGGGAAACAGGGGCAGGACCCGAAUCCGAGAUUUCCAACUCCCCAAAAUAAAUAACGCUGCUCUAACACCUCGCUCCACAUCCACUGAACAUUCCUUAGUGGGGCUGGGUUUUUUUUUUUUAAAGAAAAUUGGAUUAUCCUGUCAUUUUUCCAGGGUCCAGCAAAUAUUUUCCAGCUUCCAGUGGGAAGAAAAAUCAUAUUAACACCAAAAAAAAAAAAAAGACAGAUUUGGCUUCCCGAGAAGCUUCUUUCCUUCUUCAUCAUCUUCAGGCAUUCCAGGAGUUGGGAAUAACCCUGUAUGGGGUGUCCAGAGUGGGAAUGCGCAGCCCAAGCCAUCCGUAGGGUGUUCUGUAGGAGCCCUUUCUGUAGGGAAGGAGGAGUUCUCCUGGGAUUUUUGGGUAUUCCUGAGGCUGGAGCCGGAUGCUCCCAGUGAUUUUUGCACUUUGUUCCAUAUCCAAUCCCAACUCCCGCUCGGAUGGGGAUGGCAGGAGUUGGGAUGGUGCUGGUUUGGGGUUGUUUUCUCCCAAAUUGGAGAAGGUGGAAUUUUGGGCAGGAGCUGUGGGAAGGGUCAUGGUGGCCCCAAAUUCCUUGGAAGGUGCUGGGGUGGAGCCAGGGCCACUGCUGCUCUCACAUCCCUCGUGCUGAAGUUUUGGGAUCAAAUUCCAACCGGAAUCCAAAUCCCAGGCAGAGAUUCCUCCCCCUUGGGUGUUCCCUGCCUCCAUCGGGUUUUUCCCGUUACUUCUGGGUCGGGUUUGGUGCUUUUGUGGAUCAUGGAAGGGUUUGGAGCAUCCGAACACCGUCCCACGCUCCGGUUGGAUUUGUGUCUCACCCCUGGGGCUUUUGGGAUCUCUGUCCCGGUUUUCCUACAAUUCCAUGGGGUCUGGAGAGCCCUCGUAUCCCCCCCAGCACGAUUCCGUGUUUAUCCCACUGCUGGCAGCUCCCAGGGAGCACAACUCCCAUAAAUCCCAUCCCCAGUGGUGCAGGAUGCACUGGGAACGCUGUGGAUCGGAGGGAAGCGACCCCAGCGCACCGGGAUUGGCCGGGAUUCACCCCAAAAGCGCCGGGGUGGAGGGGGGGGAGCUCAGGGGGGGCUUUGCUUCACCCCAAAGCUGCUGCUCCAAUCUCCAGCCCCUCUCUUGCCCCCAGGGCUGGGUUUGGGAAGCUUUUCCCGGAGUUGGGAUCCAUCCCCACCUGCAGCUCCCCAAAAAUUCCAUGGGCAGCUCAUUCUGGAACCCUGACAGUGCCCAGCUGCUCCCUGCCUUGGCUCAUCCCUCGGAUUUUGUUUCGCCAGGAAAACCCCCCACACUCCCAUCCCAUAUCCCAUCCCACGUCCCAUCCCGUCCCUCCCUGUCCACCGGCUGCUGGGGUUGCCUUUUCCCAUUCAUUUUGGGGCGGAAGGACCUGAUUUUGGGAACUGAGGUGGUGAAAACAGCUUUUUUUGCACAAGUCGUUGCACAAUAAGGGGGAAAUUUAGCAAUUAGGUUUAACUUUAAAGGGAAUUUUGUUGUUUUUUUUUUUCCUUAAAACUCACUAGCAGAGCUACUGAUUCCGAGAGGAAAAAGAGCUGGAACGGUCGGAGAAAGGACUGCAUGGUUUACAGGUUCUGUUCUGUUAGAAAUUAGCAUGUUGGACAUUUAUCCUGGUGUAAUUCCAAUUAAACAAAUACAGCAUUUAACUGUUUCA